AUGCUUACACCUGAACAGGUUCUUGCUCGACUUCGGUCCACAGCUGAUCUGAAAGAGCGAAUUGAUAAGCAGGCGGCAAAAGUAGGCACUGCAAAUGUUCUGGGAUUAGAAAACGAGCAGAAAGCAUUCCUCAAGCUCUGGUACAGUAAGCACAAAGUUGGGCUGAAGUAUAUUGCCAUAUGUGAGGAAAAGCGACCACUCCAACAGAGUCGCACAGAUGGACAUGAAUCAAAUCUAGGACAUAAGGGAAAGACCAAUUUGCUUGUUGCACUUCGGAAGCAUGUAACACAGCUUAAGAAAGUUGUUGAAACAUAUCAAACUCGUCGGGCGGAAUACCACGCGGAAUAUCCACACCAUCAGCUCCCAGAAAAUAUUGAUUAUAACGAUCUAAUUCAUAUCCAAGCAGAUCAUCCCUUCUGGAACAACUCUCUCUUCACAAAACUGGAAGCACCUUGGGCAGUAGAUCCAAAGACGAGACAUGGCAUGCAGCAAGUUGCAUAUGCUGAUCGAGCAACCGAGGAGCUCAGGCGGCUUGGCUGGGAGGCUCGCCGAGCUAUGCGUUGGGCAAUCACGAGCCACAAUCAAAUCUGGAGGACUCUCCUUUCUUUGAAAUCGGUACCAAACUCUGACCCAAUCCUAGCGACUACUCUGACCUCUCACCCCACACUUUCAUGUUUACCUCCUCUGGCUCGUCAGAACGCAGCUACUGUGGUCAUCAACAAUCGGGUUGUUAAAAUGGCAAACCUACAGCUCAUGUGGAAUGAAGGACUACUUGAACCAAGUUGGAGAUGA